AUGUCACGGUUAAUAAUUAAUAAAAGUAAUAGUAGAAUUUGUAAUACAAUAGUUAAAAAUUAUUUAAUUCAAACGAAAUACACAUUACAACAACAACAACACCAACAACAACAACAACAACAACAAUAUGUUAGAAGUUAUUGUAGUUUACAACAACCAAAACCAUCAAAACCAAAUAUGAUAGAGAUUGUUACUCAUUUUUUUGAUAAAGUUAAAAAUAAAUCAUUUAUAAUUGAAAACUAUUUAAAUAAUCCGAUUCCUGAACAACAACAACAAUUAAAUAAAAAUAUAAAAAUCAAUAAUACAGAUAAAGAUAACGACACUUUAGAACAAAUCCAACUUUUAGAUCCAUUAAACAAUUUAGGAAAAAGAAAAGGAAAUGAAAUUUUUAAAGUUGUUGAAAAUGAUUUAUCAAACAUGACACAUAAUAUAAUGAAAACUAUUACCGAUGGUGUUAGUGCAAAUAGUACUUAUUCACCUUCACCUUCAAAAAAAACACAUCCAAUUUUAUCUUCAAUUUCAAGUUAUUAUUUUGAAUUAAAAGGUAAAAGAAUAAGACCAACAAUUGUAUUGUUGUUAUCAAAAGCGUUAUCAUCAACAGUACAUGGAUCACAAUUAAAAUUAGCGGAAAUUGUUGAAAUGAUUCAUACAGCAAGUUUAGUGCAUGACGAUGUUAUUGAUGAAGCAUCAACUAGAAGAGAUGUAAUAUCGAUUAAUCAUAGUUAUACAAAUAAAUUGGCAAUUUUAUGUGGUGAUUAUUUAUUGGCAAGAGCAUCAGUAGUUUUAUCAACAAUUAGAAAUCCAGAUGUAACUGAAUGUAUGUCAACUGCCUUGGCCGAGUUGGUUGAGGGUGAAUUUAUGCAAGCAAAAUCAAAUGGUGUCGUCUCUUUUGAUAAUUAUUUACAAAAAACUUAUUUAAAAACUGGUUCUUUAAUUACAAACAGUUGUAGAUCUGCUGCUAUCCUUUCUGGUGCAGAUUCAAACAUUAUAAAUAUUUCAACUGAAUUUGGAAAGAAUUUAGGUUUAGCUUUUCAAAUUGUUGAUGAUUUAUUAGAUUAUACAGGAUCAGCUGAAGAAUGUGGAAAAGCUACAUCAGUUGAUUUAACUUUGGGAUUAGCAACAGCACCAGUUUUAUAUGCAACCCAAGAAUUCCCACAAUUAGAGAAAUUAAUUAAAAGAAAGUUUUCAGAGAUUGGUGAUGUUGAAGAAGCAAAGAGGUUGGUUGCUUUAAGUAAAGGUAUCGAGAAAACUAGAAAUUUAGCUAUCGAAUAUUGUAAUCGUGCAAUUCAAUCCUUAUUAAAAUUACCACAAUCUGAAUCAAGAGAUCUUUUAAUCACAUUAUCUCAUAUUGUUGUUACAAGAACAAAGUAA